GCGCCGCCGGCCGCGCAGAGCUUCCACGGCUGCCUGUACCGGACGUCCCCGGACCCCGCGCAGCUGGGCGCGGCCUACAGCGUGGGGCUGGUGGUCGCCUGCUACCUGCUGCCGUUCCUGCUCAUGGGCUUCUGCCACUAUCACAUCGGCAGGGCCGUGCGCCUGUCGGGCGUGCGCGUGCGGCCCGUGACCACCUACGCGCGCGUGCUGCGCUGCUUCAGCGAGGUGCGCACGGCCGCCACCGUGCUGCUCAUGAUCGUCUUCGUCAUCGGCUGCUGGGGACCCCACUGCCUCCUCGUGCUGCUGGCCGCCGCCCGGCAGGCCCAGGCCGCGCAGGCCCCCUCGCUGCUCGACGUGGCGGCUGUCUGGCUGACCUGGGCCAAUGGGGCCAUCAACCCCGUCAUCUAUGCCAUUCGCAAUCCCAACAUAUCGAUGCUCCUGGGGCGCGGUCGGGAGGAGGGUUACCGNGGCCUGCAGGCCCGAAGGCGCGGUCGCCUUGGACGCCGCUGUGCCAGCCGGCUGGGCGCCUGCCGCAGGGUGACCUCCAACCCCACGGGCGGGGCGGCUGGGGACGCGGCCGUGUGGGCUCGCAAAACUCCCGUCGUCCUUUUCUGCCGGGAAGGGCCGCCAGGACCCGCGACAGAAUCGGCCAGACAGCCCAAACCUGAAGCCUGGGAUACCAGCCUCUAA